CAUGACGGCAUUCGAAGCGCGGAACCAGGACUCGCUCCGGCGUCCCGCCAAGCGCAUUGCUCCAAUUGUGAUGCUCUUAUACCUUUGUAGUGUCUUUGGCUUUGUACUCAAUGUGGACUGGACAAACGGGUACCUGCCAGCAUAUUACAGCCAGUGGACCAACCCGCCCUCGAGUUUAGCCAACAAUUGUCAGCACGACCGCCGCGAUGCAACCGGAGAUACAUCGACUGCUGCGGACAGAGGCGACACUAGCAGCCAUACUUUACCAGUCAUUGCGAUAGACCAGGCUAGAAUCCGGGGGUACGCAGGCUUCAUAAAUGCCUGUCUGUUCUAUUCAGCGUUGAGCACGGCCAACUCCUUGUUUUUCGUAGCAUCUCGCACGCUCUAUGGAUAUGGCCGCAGCCGCGACAGCCAAAGCAACUGGCUGAAUGCCCCGAAAUCCCUUCAAGCCGGGCAAACGCCUGGGUGGCGGUAUAAAGUCCACUCCUGGGCCGCCCAAUUCCCCUCAAAGUUCGGCCAUGUGAACCACUUCCAGGUUCCAACCGCCGCGCUGUUCGCGUCGCUUUUCUUCGCAUGGACGCCGUUCCUCUCCCUAGGAAAUGUCCCACACUUACGCAGCACGCAGCAGGUGCUGAUCAACAUCGGCUCCACGAGCUGUGUGGUGGUGUGGGCCGCGCAAAGCCUAGCGUACCUCCGCAUGUACUUUUGGUUCAAGAAACACCCCACACUGUUCGGCCCAGCGGACAUGAAGCAAUACGAUGUGCUGAACAAGACGAAAAACUGGAGUUACCUGGGCUUUUGGCAGCCCGGGCUUGCGUGGUUCUCGUUGUUUUCGUGCCUCGUUAUCGUUCUCCUGUUCGCGAGUGCGGGCAUGUGGAACAAUCGGGGUAAUAUGGCGCUCAAGGCUGUGAAUAUCUACCUCGGACCGUUCCUGUGCGCAGCGCUGUAUGGUGGUCUGAAAGUCAAACACGGCUACAAGGCGGAUGGAGUGAGGGGGUGCUUUAGUAGGUGGAAACAAGGAUGGGCUAGCUGUACGAGUGAGCAGGAUGUUACGGCUAUAAUUGACAGAUUGUACGAUAAGAGCUUUCCGACGGAAGAUCUAGGGCUGCACAACUGGAAUGGGGCUGCUGGCGCAGAAAGAAAUGCUCCAGCUAAUCCAACUGCUCCAGAAAAUAGAAAUGAUCAGGAAGAUGGAGAUGAUCAGGAAAAUGGAGAUGCUCAAGACAAUGAAGAUGCUCAAGGACGUGGAGCUGCUCAAGGACGUGGAGCUGUUCGAGGACGUGGAGCUAUGCAGGCGAAUGGAGCUAUUCAUGGAUACCAAAUACUGCACGCCUCAUGAGUGGAUUACCUUGCUGUCUUGCAAUCUGGAGUACUCAGUUGUCUAUAUUAUGCCACAUCGA